AUGAAAUUCAUGGAAGAGGUGAAAAGACAACAAGAAGAGUCUAGGAAGCAACUAGAAGAAUUUGAAAGACGGCAAGAAGAGAAGCAAGCACGACCAGACGAAAGACAGGCAAAAUUUAUGGAAAUAUUCAAUCAACGGUUGGAAGAAAUAAUUAAUGGAAAGGAGGUGAACGAAGAACAAAAGGAAAGCACUCAGGAGGUAGCGUGCCGAGAGAAUGAAAAAUCGCAAUAUGAAGGUACUCCAGAAAUAGUAGAGCAAAUAGCAGAAACUACAAAGCAAUUGCGAGAUUUCCCUGAAGAACCUCAGGAAAGAAAAGAGGGACCUGUAGUGUGUCAGAACAUGAAGCUAGUGCUUCAAAAAGUAAGUAAUCAGCAAGGGAGUAUACAGAAGGAAGUGCUGCAGCAUGGGAACGCCAAUGAGAUUCCAAAGCCGAUGGAAGAGAUGGUGCAAGAAGUUGAAAAACGGCAGGAGGAAGUUGGCAAGUUGCAGUCCAGUCAGGUUAUUCGAAAAUCACAAGAAGUGAUCAGUCAAGAGGUGACUAAAGAGGAGCAGCGAAACUGCCGAGAAGCAGUAGACCAUGGAAAGGUCAUAAGUGAAGGUGUAAAAUGGCAGGAGGCCGUGCGAGAAGGUACGAAACAGGAGGAUGAAAUUUCUCUACAUAUCGAGCGAACGAAAAAUAAUCAAAGUCAACAUAAGAUAUUGGCACACUUAUCGCUGCAAAAUUCACAGAAAACCUCAAUUCAAACAUUCUAUCAGCGAGCAUUGAAUUAA